GGCCCCGCCCCACGGGGCCGGAAGUUCCGGUGGCGGAUCGCUGGACCGGGCCCGAGCGCAUCGGGGGCUCCGGCUGCGGGCUGCGGGCGGGCGGGCCGGGCGCGGAGCCUGGGAGCAGAGCCCAGGCCGUGCCGCGCGGCGCUAUGAAGGGCAAGGAGGAGAAGGAGGGCGGCACGCGGCUGGGCGCCGGCGGCGGCAGCCCCGAGAAGAGCCCGAGCGCGCAGGAGCUCAAGGAGCAGGGCAACCGGCUCUUCGUGGGCCGCAAGUACCCGGAGGCGGCGGCCUGCUACGGCCGCGCCAUCACCCGGAAUCCCCUGGUGGCAGUGUAUUACACCAACCGGGCACUGUGCUACCUGAAGAUGCAGCAGCACGAGCAGGCCCUGGCCGACUGCCGGCGCGCCCUGGAGCUGGAUGGCCAGUCUGUGAAGGCGCACUUCUUCCUGGGGCAGUGCCAGCUGGAGAUGGAGAGCUUCGACGAGGCCAUCGCCAAUCUGCAGCGAGCCUACAACCUGGCCAAGGAGCAACGACUCAACUUUGGAGAUGACAUCCCCAGUGCUUUGCGCAUCGCCAAAAAGAAGCGCUGGAACAGCAUCGAGGAACGACGCAUCCACCAGGAGAGCGAACUGCACUCUUACCUCACACGGCUCAUCACGGCCGAGCGCGAGAGGGAGCUGGAAGAGUGUCAGCGGAACCAUGAGGGUGAUGAGGACGAUGGUCAUCUCCGGGCCCAGCAGGCCUGCAUCGAGGCCAAGCACGACAAAUACUUGGCAGACAUGGAUGAGCUCUUCUCCCAGGUGGACGAGAAGAGAAAGAAGCGAGACAUCCCCGACUAUCUAUGUGGCAAGAUCAGCUUUGAGUUGAUGCGGGAGCCAUGCAUCACGCCCAGCGGCAUCACUUAUGACCGCAAAGACAUCGAGGAGCACCUGCAGCGUGUGGGCCACUUUGACCCUGUGACCCGGAGCCCCCUGACCCAGGAACAGCUCAUCCCCAACCUGGCCAUGAAAGAGGUCAUCGACGCAUUCAUCUCCGAGAACGGCUGGGUGGAGGACUACUGAGACAGGGCGAGUGCAAGGGCCACUCGCCCCACUCUGCCUGGUAACCUGGCCCUAGAGGGCCUUGGGGCAGUAGCUCCAGCCCCCGUACAGAGUUUGUGUCCCUGGAUCCUUGCCCCGGUGUCCCUAUGCCACUCCCCAUCAGUUCUGCUGCUGGGCCGUGAGCCUCUCCUGUCCCCCUUCUGGGUCGGAAACAGCAGGUGAGGGUGGGCUGGGCGGAGGCUGCCGCUGCCACCACUGUCCCUGUAAUAAAAUCUGUGAGCACUA